UUGAGGAAUACAGACGUGUGUAUCAUAAUAAUAAUAAUUUAUAUUAAUUUUAGUGAGUAUCUAUAGUGUGAAGUUCUAGUGAUAUAAAGUAACGGAUAAAUUAAAUGUAUAGUUCAAAAAUAUAACUAAAAGUUUCAAACCUCUAAGUUAAACAUUAAAAACACAACCCUCUUAUCGGUAGUCGGUUAAAACGAACAAAGUCGGUUUAGAAAAGGGUACUUAACUUAAAAAAAUACCUAAGUGAAUAUAAUUCUAAAGAAUACUUAGUUUAAAGAAACCAGGAGACCAAAACGGUUCCGCCUAUAAGCACCCUUGUACAGGAAUCAUGCACUAACGACUCUGGGGAAGAAAUACGCUUAAAACAAAAUGGAUUCACCAAAAAUCGUGUACAAAUACUAUUCAAACCCAGCUUUUUGCUCCCAAAGCGAAGUUAUAUUCGCUCAAAAGGGAUGCAUGACGAAAAUCAUCUCACCGGACAGAAGAAUGCCGCCGUUAGGUGCAAUAUCGCCGAGGAAAGUCGAGAUCAGCAACAGGAUCAUGAGAACUGACAUUUCUGACAACCCUCUCCGUAUGUCACCAGCUGGUGCCCCAAGAUUCAGAGAAGAACCACCAGAGUUACCGCCAAAACCACCCAAAUUCCAAAACAGGUCUUUUCAGAGACAAUCCUCCUUAGUCUAUAAGCCCACGAGGUCUGUUCGAUGCAGAACCAGGAGCGAGGAUCUGGAAAUGGCUCAGUUUAGACAACAGAAGCAGUCGAGGUAUGAUAGACAGGCUGAAAGUGACGAUGGACUAGAAGACAGUAGACUGAAACAUAGAUAUGAGGUCAUACAAGAUUUUGAUGACAUCGUGGACUACUCUCCAACAAAAAAGAGGAUAGUCCAAGCGAAAGAGGAAGAAAUAGAAGAAUAUAAUGUUGACGGUCCUGAUGAGCAUGAAUUGAAGGAGAUUCCGACGGAAAUUGUGAAAACUGUUAAUGGGAAAACUCAUAGAUAUGCCAUAGUACCGUCUGAAGACGAGGAACCAAGAAAAUGUAACGUAACCUUCACUUCCCCAAUGAUGUCGAAGAAACACUUGAUUGCCACACAAAAGCUGCACGAAUUACUAUCAGCUCCGAGAAAAUUGAAGAGCUACGCCAGUCAGCCUUCAGUCAGAAUGACGCCGAACAAGUCUAUUGAAAACAAAUACUCUGAGACCCCAAGGAAAUUCGUAUCCAGUACUCCAACUCAAGGAGUGACUCCUUCUAAGUCCUGCGCUAAUUUAACUUCUAGAACGAGUGCACAUACUUCUCCUAUUUCUCCAAAAGCUCAGCAGAAACUGAACUAUGGAGUCCCAGAGAUGGAUAUACCAGGAUUCGAAAGGCACGAUGUGUUUGUGACCAGUUUUAGAGAUAAAGGAAGAGAAAGGAGUUUUGAAUUGGAAAGAGAAAUGAGCAGAGAGAGAAGAGAUUAUGAUAGGAGGAGAGAGAGUCAGAGGAAGGAUAAGAAUACUGCUGUUAUUAUACCGAGAGUGGCAGCACCACCAUCAGUCUACUCCGAAGACACAUACAAAUCCUUCUCCAGCGUGAAGACCAUGUCAGGAGCGGCCGCCUCCCUCACCAUAGCUGCCGUGAUGCUCACCAUGUGCGGCGGCCUAACUGCUGGCCUCAGCUUCUAUAUGAUGUAUGCUGUCGGCAGACGGUAUUACUUGGACUUCGGAGUGCUGUCAGGGUUCACCUGCUUCCUACUCGGGCUGCUGGGAUUCAGGGUCAGGCGACAGCAUCUACUGCCCAACAGGAACUAUAUCUCAGGCUACAUAGUCCUCUCAUCAUUCUCCCUGCUCAGCGCCUUCGGUCUCCUCAUCUUGCUGUCAGUGGAGCCUCUUCCAGGGACCCCUCUUAAUGACAUCACCUCCGGCGCCAUCUGUGGUGUCAGCAUCCUGUCUCUGUUCCUCGCAUCCAUCGGAGUACUGGCUUCCUACUGCUGUGUAAAAGAUCCACCGGAUAAUAGGGUAGGGACCACGAGGUGGUAUUGAUGUGCUACCUCUAUUUAGGUUAUAACCUUUAUGGUUGGUAGAAAAAGUUACGAUUGAAGCAGGACAUAGUGUUAACUGUUUUACUUGCUAGCUUAACAUGGUUGCCGUUCAAGUGGCCAGAGUUUGGACCAAAAAUUAAUCAAAAUAAAAUUGUGAAAGAUUUGGGUAAAUCUCAUAAACUAAUGAAACGCUUUUUGAUAAAACUACGUCUAACGGUCGUUACGACCUACCAUUGUCAUAAUCAAUGUCUCUGCAUUUAUGAAUUCUAAUCUAAAGACUUUUAUCCGGCAAUUCUUUUUGUAUUUAUGUGUAAUUUCUGCUUAUUAAAUAGAUAUUAAUUUAUACUUAUUUAAGAACCGAUUGAACUAAAAGACAAUAAUUAUUAUUUUUACGCUAUGUUAUAAUGAAGUUUUGAAAUACCAAAGCAGGUUUAAAUUUUUAAUUGAUUGUAUUUUAUUACAAGAAUGUUGUAAGAUUAUAAUAAAAUGUAAUUAAUAUUUAAA